AUGAGCAUUAAUCCCUCACACAAUUUGCUUCUUCACUAUGACCAGGAUGAAUUACAAGAGGUUUUAACAAAUAUUCAGACUCUGGAUAAUGAAGGUGACUAUGAUGAUGACUCUUUAUUUAAUUUUGAACAAAACCUGUAUGGGCAAGCUUUAGAUUUAACAGAACAUGAAGAUGAACCAUGGAAAGAGCUUAAUGCUGAAGAUGUGGCAGUUGGGCAGGAUAUUAACUAUGAGGAAAUUGAGGAAGUUGGUAGUGAAUAUA